AUGAGCAACUCUGUCCGAGGUGCCAUUUACUCCAACGUCCCGGUCUGGGAAAUCCGCGCAAAGAACAUACCCGUCAUGCGCCGCCAGGCCGAUGGCUACAUCAACGCCACACAGAUCCUCCGAGCCGCCGGCUUGACCAAACCCCAGCGCACUCGCAUCCUGGAGCGAGACGUCGUCGGGGGCACCCACGAAAAGGUCCAGGGCGGCUACCACGGCUUCCAAGGAACAUGGAUCCCGCUUGAGCGUGCAAAGUCCCUCGCCAACGAAUACGCACUCUACACCGAACUGGAACCGCUCCUGAGCUACGACGCCGCGCCCCUGGCCAUCGACCCAGAAUCUGAGGCCAAGCGCCGCAAAAAGCUCCUGUCCACCCCAUCCUCGCCGCUGCAGUCGCUGUCGCCCGGUCCCAUGGAGGCCGGCGGUCCAUCGCUUCUCGACUCCCCCACAAGCAGCCGCCGAUCCGCCCGAGCCGCUGCCUACGCCAGCCGCGGCUUCGCCCGCAGCCAAAACCAAGAGAACAUUCCCCCACUGGACUCGAGCAGCACCGACGAUGAACCCAGCCUCCGAUCCCAUAGCCACUCGGGCCUCUUUGUGUCGUCUUCAGGACAGUCUCUGCGUCUGGGCGGCCGAGACGUCGACCAUGUCUCAGCCAUAAUCAGUGUCACUCCUGCCACGCCCACAGAGCUGUCAGAGUCGGAAACAACAGAUGGCCCCGUGCACCCGGCCAAGGUCAAGAGAUUCUGCAGCAUCUGUCACACUACCGACACGCCACAGUGGAGACGGAGCCCGGUUGACGGAAGCACCCUUUGCAAUGCAUGCGGUGUUCGUCCAUACGGAAGCCGCGUGAGAGCCGCCAACAGCCGCCGAUCCGACUCCAGCGAUGUCAGCAGCCACGAGGUCGAGUCCGCUUCGCCGAGCCGUCAUUCGCGCUACCAGAGCGCCAAUUCGACCAGCUCAGUCCCUGGCACCGCGGGUCCAGCCCCUCCAACCGACCCAUACCAACUCGAGCGCGAGAUUCUGCAGCUCAGACAGUCCGUCACCAGCAGCGAGCGCGAUCGCAAGAAGAUGGUCCGCGUCCUGAACCAGAUCCGGGAGCAGGACCGUGCCCGCGAUGCCAGCUUUCGCCGCAUCAUCUCAAAAUGCAAGGCCUACAAGAUCCACAAGAGACGCGAGACCAAGAUGGCCGAGUUCGCUGCUCUCUAUGGCAACGAGGACUGCAACAUGUCCGACGACGACGACGACUCGAUGAUGACCGACCACGACGACCAGAGCGACGAUCUUGAGGAGGUCGACAACCAUGCCACCCAAAGCCAGCUCCAGAACUCUUUCUUGGAUGCCGUCUCCAAGUUCAAGAGGAGGCGCGAACUCGAGCUCAAGUCGCUCAUUGUCCCGUCCUACGACGAAGACAGCCCAGUGCCGACCGGAGUCCCGAUGCACGACCGGCCCGUCGAUGCCACCAAUGUCGGUCGCCCAGGCACCAUGAUGUGAUAUCGUGGCCUGGCUGGUCCCAGCUGUGCUGCGAACAGUGCCCGUCUGCCGUCCACAAGGGCUUGCGAUCCUCCAUGAAGGCCUCUACCGCCGCAGCCAUUCAAUUCUCGAGACCGACUCGAUGCACUUGCCAACGGCAGCGCACUGGCGGCGUCUGCUUCGCCGUGCUUGCUUCGCUGCCCUGGCCCACUUGCCGAUCCCCAUAUCGGACCACCUUAUUUAUGAUCCUGCACUCCCUCUUCUCACUUUGGAUUCCCAUUGUCACUCUAUUCUGCAGCGCUGUUUCACUUCUCCUGUAUAGUGCCGUUUCCGUCCCUGUUCGUUCCGACCGUUUUGUCUGUCUUGUUCGGUGUCUCCAUUCCUUCGAUUCCAUUCCAUUGAUACUCUCCAGUCAACCUGCAAAGUCACCACACCCAUCCCUUUUUGUUUUGUUUUGUUUUGUUU